CCAGCCCGCCCGGGGCGGCGGCGCAGAGCCGGGCCCGGCGCACGAGGCAGCCAGCGCGGCCAUGACGGCGGAGAAGGCGCUGCCUCUGGGCAACGGGAAGGCUGCCGAGGAGGCGCGGGAGUCAGAGGUGCUGGGUGGCGGCGGCGGCGGCAGCGCGGCGUCCGCGCGCGACCCGCGCGACAGGCGCGACAAGGCAGUGCACGAGCGCGGCCAAUGGAACAACAAGGUGGAGUUCGUGCUGAGCGUGGCUGGGGAGAUCAUCGGGCUGGGCAACGUGUGGCGCUUCCCUUACCUGUGCUAUAAGAACGGCGGAGGGGCAUUCCUGAUUCCCUAUGUGGUGUUUUUUAUAUGCUGUGGAAUUCCUGUCUUUUUCCUGGAAACGGCUCUGGGACAGUUUACAAGUGAAGGCGGCAUUACGUGUUGGAGAAAAGUGUGCCCUUUAUUUGAAGGCAUUGGCUACGCAACGCAGGUGAUUGAGGCCCAUCUGAACGUGUACUACAUCAUCAUCCUGGCAUGGGCCAUUUUCUACCUGAGCAACUGCUUCACCACCGAGCUCCCCUGGGCCACCUGUGGGCACGAGUGGAAUACAGAGAACUGUGUGGAGUUUCAGAAACUGAAUGUGAGCAACCACAGCUACGUGUCCCUGCAGAAUGCCACCUCCCCCGUCAUGGAGUUUUGGGAGCGCCGGGUCCUGGCCAUCUCAGAUGGGAUCGAACACAUCGGGAACCUUCGCUGGGAGCUUGCCUUGUGUCUGCUGGCAGCCUGGACCAUCUGCUACUUCUGUAUCUGGAAGGGGACCAAGUCCACAGGAAAGGUGGUAUAUGUCACCGCAACAUUCCCCUAUGUCAUGCUUCUGAUCCUCCUGAUCCGAGGGGUCACAUUGCCUGGAGCCUCCGAAGGCAUCAAGUUCUACCUGUACCCUGACCUCUCCCGGCUCUCCGACCCACAGGUCUGGGUAGACGCCGGGACGCAGAUCUUUUUCUCCUAUGCCAUCUGCCUGGGUUGUCUGACUGCUCUGGGAAGCUAUAACAAUUAUAACAACAACUGCUACAGGGACUGCAUCAUGCUCUGUUGCCUGAACAGCGGCACCAGCUUCGUGGCCGGGUUUGCCAUCUUCUCGGUCCUGGGCUUCAUGGCGUACGAGCAGGGGGUGCCCAUUGCCGAGGUGGCAGAGUCAGGCCCCGGCCUGGCCUUUAUCGCCUACCCCAAGGCUGUCACCAUGAUGCCUCUCUCCCCACUGUGGGCCACCUUGUUCUUCAUGAUGCUCAUCUUCCUAGGCCUGGACAGCCAGUUCGUGUGUGUGGAAAGCCUCGUGACCGCUGUGGUGGACAUGUACCCCAAGGUCUUUCGGAGGGGCUAUCGGCGAGAGCUGCUCAUCCUGGCCCUAUCGAUCAUCUCCUAUUUUCUGGGCCUCGUGAUGUUAACGGAGGGUGGCAUGUACAUCUUCCAGCUCUUUGACUCCUACGCAGCCAGCGGGAUGUGCCUCCUCUUUGUGGCCAUCUUUGAGUGUAUCUGCAUCGGCUGGGUGUACGGAAGCAACCGCUUCUAUGAUAACAUCGAAGACAUGAUCGGCUACCGGCCAUUGUCGCUCAUUAAAUGGUGCUGGAAGGUCGUGACCCCGGGGAUCUGCGCGGGCAUCUUCAUCUUCUUCCUGGUCAAGUACAAACCCCUCAAGUACAACAACAUCUACACCUACCCGGCCUGGGGCUAUGGCAUCGGCUGGCUCAUGGCCCUGUCCUCCAUGCUCUGCAUCCCACUCUGGGUCUUCAUCAAGUUGUGGAAGACAGAAGGGACACUGCCUGAGAAAUUCCAGAAGUUGACAGUCCCGAGCGCUGAUCUGAAAAUGCGGGGCAAGCUGGGGGCAGGCCCACGGACGGUGAUGGUUAAUGACUGUGAGGCCAAACUCAAGGGCGAUGGGACCAUUGCAGCCAUCACAGAGAAGGAGACGCACUUCUGAGCGCCGCCUGCCACCACCUCAAUGCCACCUCUGCCCCACCCGCUGUGUGUACAAAUGAAUCCCUGAGCGUACUUCACCUAAUGGUAGAGGCUUGCUCGUUUUGCACAGGAUUUAUUAACAAGUUAAUUUUCAGUGACUGUGCCCACUCUGGUUUAAAGCCACAUCUCCCUCCAUUCUCCCCACUUCCCCAGUUGUCCUGUAAGUAAUGGUACGAAGGUAUAAUCCUGUACAGGGACUAGCAGAAUCUUCUUGUGCUAGAAAGGUUUUAACCAAUGUUCUCUAGCGGGGUAGGAAGAGGUUGUAUCAUAGGGUCAAACUUUUAUCCUCAGGCGGGGGAGCAGGUGGGAGGGAGCGGCACCUGUCCUCAUCCUCAGCCUUUUAGCUGUUCAGUCUGUGUCCCACUUUGGCCCCUGACCAUUGCAGCUGCCUUUCCUCCUCGCCUCCAUGGUCUUCCUUCAGCACCUCCCUUUCCCAUUGCCUGCUUCCUAGAGGUAGGUUUGCAGAGAGCAAGGCUGUUUCAGAGAAGAAUAAGCCCCACCAGACUCAGGUCUCCUGGGUGGCAGGUCCUCCUCUGCUCUGGUCCCAGCGAGUGACCUGGGCUCCCCUCCCCUCCUGGCCUCAGCUGCUCCAGUGGAAGGUCUGGAUCAGGUGAUCUCUGGGGGUCUCCCCGACCACCCCGUCUCUUAGGAUCCUCUUUGCAUGCCCCCCCGCAGACUUGCUGUUGAUCCUGGAUUCUUCUGAGAAUGUGCCGGUGGUCUUUCCUGCACCCACCCACCCCCAACCCCUGCUUAUUUAAAAUCAAGUUUGUCACGAAAGCUCUGUGGUUUGAUUUCCUCCAGGAGCAGCCUCAUCCUCUGGAAACCAGCCAGGGCCUUGGCCCCCUGGCAGGGCUGCCCCUGGCCAUCUGCUCUUACCCUCCGCUCAGACUCUCUGUCCUCAGCCAGACUGCCUGGGCACCUCCAAUCUGCCCAUGGCUGUCUGUCUUGCCACUGUCCCCGCCAGGAUCUGCACUGACAGACCUUCCACCAACCUCCUGGGAGGGAGCUACGGUCAGGCCCAGAGCCUGGUUUAUCCUCCGGCCCCAUCUCUGUCCCCCUGAAACGUCUUCUCCCUCUUGCUUUCCCUUACUUCUUUCUCCUGACAUCCAGCGGCCUCCAGGCCCCUCCCCAUCCUUCCUGUCACCAGCAGAACCUUGUAACCUUCAAGAGGCUUCUUCCCUACAUUUUUCCCAGGAACCGACCCACCUGCCACUCUGGCAGGGGGCUGGGAAGCCUCGGGGCUCAUGGGAGGUAGACCUGGCCUCCUGCCACCCCACCCACACCUCCACAGGUCUGGGGUCUGGGGAGGAAGCUGGAGCGCUGCUCCAGGCCUCCCUGGCUGAUCCCUCUCUUCUCUAAUUGGAUUUGACGUCAGAGCCUCUGCCUUGGUCCUGAGUUAUUUGGGGACGGGGAAGGUGCAUUCUUCAUCUUUAUGUUCCCAAUUUUAUUUGCUGGAAAUGCAAACGUUCUCCAAACUGGAUUUAGUUCCUUGUAAUAAAUGGACAUGUUUGACUUGCCCAGACGCCCAGCUUCUCGGCCCUGGCCAGCCCCUGCCUGAAGCCUGUGUUUGCUAAGAGGGCUGCCUAGUGCCCCACAGGCAGGUUGGGAUGCCUGGUUCUGGGCCCCCUUUUUGCACACACAGCCCAGGCCUGCCCGGCAUCUCCUUGGCUCUCUGAACCUGUGAACCCAGGAAGUGGAUGCAGGAAGAUCGGGGCUUGGGCUGAGCCCCUACCUGUGUCCAUCCUUGUCUGCUCUCCAACAGGUUGGGGGAGUCUCCCCACUGCUGCUGCUACCGGUUCUUCACCCAUCACUCUCACCAAUGCUCAGCCCCCUGCAGGGUCUUGCUGGGGACACUGCAUUGUACAUGUGGCACUUAACACUUCACUCACCUAACACAACUCAUGGGGCAGGGCGGAG